CAGCGGCGGCGCGAGCGGCCAUGGAGGCGGGCGCCGGGGCGGGCGCGGGCGCCGCGGGCUGGAGCUGCCCCGGCCCAGGACCCACAGUGACCACUUUAGGCUCCUAUGAAGCAUCUGAGGGUUGUGAGAGGAAGAAAGGCCAACGCUGGGGGUCCCUGGAGCGGCGGGGGAUGCAAGCUAUGGAGGGGGAAGUGUUACUCCCAGCUCUCUAUGAGGAGGAAGAGGAAGAAGAAGAGGUGGAAGAAGAGGAAGAGCAAGUGCAGAAAGGUGGCAGUGUGGGCUCCCUGUCUGUUAGCAAGCACCGGGGUCUGAGCCUCACAGAGACAGAGCUGGAAGAGCUGCGGGCUCAGGUGCUACAGCUGGUGGCAGAGCUGGAGGAGACCCGGGAACUGGCAGGGCAGCAUGAGGAUGACUCCCUGGAGCUGCAGGGACUCCUGGAGGAUGAACGGCUGGCCAGUGCCCAGCAGGCAGAGGUGUUCACCAAGCAAAUCCAGCAGCUCCAAGGUGAGUUGCGGUCUCUACGAGAGGAGAUUUCCCUGUUAGAGCGUGAGAAAGAAAGUGAACUUAAGGAAAUAGAACAGGAGUUGCACUUGGCCCGGGCUGAGAUCCAUAAUCUGCGGCAAGCAGCAGAGGAUUCCGCGACUGAACAUGAGAGUGACAUAGCAUCCCUGCAGGAGGAUCUCUGCCGGAUGCAGAAUGAACUCGAUGACAUGGAGCGCAUUCGGGGAGAGUAUGAAAUGGAGAUCACCUCCCUCCGUGCAGAAAUGGAGAUGAAGAGCUCUGACCCAUCCAAUAGUUUAAGUCUUUCAGAUUUCUCCGAGAUGCAAGAAGAAUUGCAGCAACUGCGAGAACGCUACCGCUUCCUGAACGAGGAGUACCAGGCCCUGCAGGAGAGCAACAGCAGCCUCACGGGGCAGCUUGCGGAUCUGGAGAGUGAGAGGACACGAAGAGCAACAGAAAAGUGGCUGGAAUCCCAAACGCUAAAGAAUAUGAUGUCAGCAGAGUCUCAGACUUCAGAAAUGGAUUUUCUAGAACCGGAUCCUGAAACUCACUUGUUGCGACAACAGCUUCUGGGAGCUGAAGAGCAGAUGCAUGACAUGCAGAACAAGUGUAAGGAAUUGUGUUGUGAGUUGCAAGAACUACAGCAUCAUCGUCGGACCAGUGAGGAGGAGCAGAGGCGGCUGCAGAGAGAGCUUAAGUGUGCACAGAAUGAGGUGCUUCGGUUUCAGACCUCUCCCAAUGUCACCCAGAACGAGGAGCUGAAGACCAGACUCUGUGCCCUGCAGCAAAAGUACGAUGCUAGCCAGGAUGAGCAGAAUGAGCUCUUGAAGGUGCAACUACAGCUUCAGUCUGAGCUCCGGCAGCUCAGAGUCUUGAAACCCACAGUCGUAGAAAGCCCAAACGAGAAGGAGUUACUGUGCCGGCUACAGAAGUUGCAGCUUCAGUACCAGCACAUCACGUGCGAGAAGGAUAAGCUGCUAGAAGUGCAGCGACAGCUGUGCGGGGACCUGCAGUACCAUGAGGCGGAGGUGCAGCGCCUCAAGAACGUCGUGGCCUCCUUCCAGGAGAGCAGUGAGAAGAACGCAGAGAUGCACGCCCAGCUUCAGGAGAUGAAGCGGCUGUACCAGACCAGCAAGGAAGAGCUGGAGCGGCAGAAGCACAUGUAUGAUCAGCUCGAGCAGGACCUCCUGCUUUGCCAGCAGGAGCUGAAGGAGCUCAAGACCACCCAGUCCAUCCCAGAAGACAAAGGGAAAUGUGCUAAUAAGUGUGACACACUGCUGUCCAGACUCACAGAAUUGCAGGAAAAGUACAAGGCCAGCCAGAAGGAGAUGGCGCAGCUGCAGAUGGAGCAGUGUGAGCUCCUGGAGGAUCAGAGGAGGAUGCAGGAGGAGCAGGGGCAGCUGCAGGAAGAGCUGCACAGGCUCACGUUCCCACUGCCCAAAACUGGUCUCAUCCCUAAGAGUCAGGAGCUACUUACAAAGUUACAAGACCUGUGUGAACUACAGCUGCUCUACCAAGGUAUGCAGGAAGAGCAGAAAAAACUGGUGCAGAAUCAAGAGUGUGUGCUCAAAGAACAGUCAGAGCUGCAUGAGGAGCUGCAUCAUUUCAAAGAGUCUCGUUUCCGGGAUGUGUUGGAGAAGCCCGAUGAUUCCAAAUCACCUAAGUCCUCCAAGUGUGGUCAGAACAAGUCCAAGAUGAUCAUCGCCCAGAUUCAGGCUCUGCAGGUGCUGUAUGAGGGGACUCAGACCGAGCAGGAGCUACUGCAGCAGGAGCAGGGAAGGCUCCUCGAGGAGCGGAAGAGGCUGCAGGCCGACCUACAGCUCUGCCUGGAAGAAAUGCAGCUGCUCCAGGGCCAGUCCCCUUCCAUAAAAAUGAGCCUGGAGUCCUACAAGACCUACGGCGAUAUGGCGACUGUCAACGAGAACUGUCGCCGGAGUUAUAGUAGCAUUGAUGACAGUGAGAGCUAUCACAAGAGUUUUGGGAGCACUCAGGCCAGCAAUGAGAGCUUUCUCAAGAGCUAUGACAGCGGCUCCAGUGCCCAUGAGAACUUUGAGAAGAGUUAUUGCAGCAGCAGCAGCAGCAGCGUUACCUAUAAGAAGAGUUACGGCAGCAGUAGUAGUUCUGACACCUGUUACAAGAGUUACAUCAGCAGCACUGACGAUGAGCUUGCUGGGCCUGAAGAUACAGAGCACUGUGAGGACAUGGUUGCCAAGGUGGUGAUCAAGCUGCAGGGGGUGCAGGCCAUGUACCAGCUCAGCCAGGAGGAACAUGAUCGGCUGCAAGAGCAGAUGAAAAAGCUGCUGGACAGGCAGAAAGAGCUGAAGGAAGAGCUGGACGCCUGUGAAAAGGAAUUCAAGGAGUGCAUAGAAAGCCUUGAGAAGCCCACUGCCUCCCCAAACGACAAGAAUGAGAUCAAAGAGCUGCAGACUAAGCUGCGGGAGCUGCAGCUACAGUACCAGGCGAGCAUGGAUGAGCAGGGCAGGCUUCUGGCAGUGCAGGAGCAGCUGGAGGGGCAGCUGCAGUGCUGCCAGGAAGAGCUCCGCCAGCUCAAAGAGAAGUCCUCUGUUACCAAAGAAACCAAUGGGAAAAAUGGCAAUAAGAAUAUGAACAAAAAUGCCAAUGGGGUUAAAAAUAAAAAGGUGACCAUACCAAGCCUCGACUGUUCUGAGGGCAGCUAUGAGAACGAAAAGAAUCUGGAGGUGGUGCUGCACUACAAGGCCAGCCACACGGAUUUAGGUGAUCUAACAGAAAUGGAGGAGGGGAAGGAAAAAAUCAAGGACAUGAAGCAGGUCCUCUGGAAUGAAGUGGUUUCUGUGAGGUCAGAGCCUCCAGAGGUGAAGUCCACAGAAGAUGAGGACGGGGUUUAUGAAGAGUCCCAAAAACAGGAGGGCAAGGAGGAAGACAGCAAAGAUGAGAGCACUGAUGAUGCUUGUCCCGAAGCUUCAGAGGAAAGCAACCCCCUCAAGCUUUCUGAGAGCAAAAAGAACUUGUUUGGGAUGUGGAAGCCUAUGGUGUUCUUGGCUAUUGCGGCUGUGGCUCUGUAUGUGUUACCCAACAUGCGACCGCAGGAGUCAGAGUUCUGCCUCAUGGAGUGAUGGCAGACCUGGGCCAGCCGAGGGAGCAGAUCCCCAGUGGCCACUAUCCUCAGCUUUGGGCAGGACACACUGCGCCAGAGCCCCCACCUCACCCAUGUGUCCCAUGUGUCCCCAUCUCCUUAGCCUCAGUCACCCAGGCUGGAAAGGUUAUGGGGAGCUGCUGGCUGCCAUCUCCUGCCUUGUGUAAGAACCCGGGUUCCGUGUAAUUAAAUAUCAACCUAAUUACCUGA